AUGUCAGCAGGUGCAUGGAUAAGAUGGAUAACAGUAUCGUCGGCUAUUAUAGGAGGUGGCGUGCUAAUGAUGAGAGCUACUGUACCGUCAGAGGAGGAGUUUUACAAUAAAUUAUCACCCGAAUUGAAGAAAGAGAUGGAUAAGAUCAUGCGUCAAAGAGAAGGUAGUCAAACCAUGAAAGAGAGAUUAGAUGCUGCAGGUGAGAAGAACGAGAUUGUAUGGGGAGAUUCACUAGGUACAACAUCGAGUAAACCGAAUUCUCCUGCAUUCGGUCCGGGUGGAUUUGGAGGAACAAAGAGGGUAUAA